AUCUUAACUUGGCAAGUGUCAACGCGAUCUGCAUGCUAAUACAAACAUCAUUGUAAAUUUAGCAAUUAUUCUUAUUACCAUCUUGAAUAUCGUGGUUUAUAUGCUCCAAAAACUUCAAGAAGCAGAAGUCGUGGAGCAAAAUAACUGGCUUCAAUCAUUGUCUACUCGACAAUCAUGUUACCGUUUCUCCUUUAAUGAGAUGAAGCGGGCGACAUCUAACUUCCACGACGAUUUAGUGAUCGGAAAAGGCGGGUUUGGAAAUGUUUACAAAGGAACUCUGGGAGCAACUUUAGUUGCCAUAAAACGGUUGAAAUCCAUGUCGAGUCAAGGAUCCACAGAAUUCCGGGCAGAGAUUGAGAUGCUCUCAAAAGUUCGGCACAGCCAUCUAGUGUCCUUGAUUGGUUACUGUGAUGAAGGUUAUGAGAUGAUUCUUGUUUAUGAAUUUAUGGCAGGUGGCACGUUAGCCGAUCAUAUUCAUAAGAGGCUUAGACAAGAUGACACUUCUUCUCCACCUCUUUCAUGGGUUCGACGUCUCAGGAUUUGCAUCGGGGCAGCUCAAGGACUGGACUACCUUCACACUGGAACUGGCAUUUACCAGAGAAUCAUACACCGAGAUGUAAAGAGCACUAACAUCUUACUUGACCAGAAUUUUGAAGCUAAGGUUUCUGAUUUCGGAUUAUCUAGAACAAGUCCAGCAAAUCAGGCAGAUACAUUCGUAAGCACUCAGGUGAAAGGAAGCUUCGGAUAUUUUGAUCCUGAUUAUUUCCGAACUCAAAGGCUCACGAGGAAAUCCGAUGUGUAUGCCUUGGGUGUUGUGUUAUUUGAGGUCUUGUGUGGAAGGCCAGCAGUGUACAAGAAUCCGGAUAACGAGCGAAUUAAUUUAGCUGGAUGGGCACAACAAUGCUUUAAAGAGAAAUGCUUGGGAGAGAUUAUUGAUCCGGGAAUAAAGGCCAAUGUGAAUCCUGAUUCUCUAGAGAUGUUUGUGAAAGUUGCAAUCCAGUGUUUACAUAUCGAACCUAAACAGCGUCCCACUAUGGCUCAGGUUGUGGUUGGUCUUGAUUCUGCCUUGGCCUUGCAAGAAAAUUUUGGUCCAGAGAUGAUAACUAGUGAUGAUAACCAAGAGGAAACAGAUAUAUCAUACCAUGAGGUGAUUAAUGAAAAUUCUGAAAAUGAGAUGCAGGGUAUAUCCAGCGGUAGGCAUCAGAAAAAGCGGUCUUCUGUUAUUAAAAGAUUUUUUGCUUCACUCUCACCUGCAGGUCUUGCCAGAUCAGGUAAUCUUAGUUUUGAUUCUUUAAGGAAUCUUCUAUUAAUUUUAUAAGGGAUUUUCUAUGGUGUGCCCAAGAGCACACAAUAGUCCUUAACUCCAAUAAAAAUAGCUCAUUUGAUUGGUGGAUGAACAAUAAAUGAUGAUGGCCCCCUGCAUUCACAUCUACUCCACCAAUCAAAAUAAGCCAUUUUUAUAGAAUUUAGUGUUUAUUGUGUGCCCUUGGACACACACUAGAAAGACCGAUUUUAUAAUUCCUAUUAAUCUUAUGUAUUAGACCAAUACAUCGCUAACUGAUCUAAUUAUCAAUCUAGCUAAUUAAUAUUAUUGUUUUCUAGGAGAUCUCCAACGGUAGAAAACCAUGCUAAAAAUUGAAUUGGCAUACCAAAAAUAAAAAUAUUGCCAAUUUUCAAAAAAUUACACUUCAACCGUGCCAAUCUAUUCUCUAUCAUUUUAGCCAACUUCAUAUGGAUGACUAUAUUUGUCGAACUUCUACAAAAUGUAAGAAAUGUGUUGAAAGAUUACACAUCAUUUAUUAUAGCCAAUAUCAUUGAAGCACAAUGUCUCAGAGAUUCAUCAAAUUUUACAUAAUAUGUUACAUGUUCAAUUUAGCCAACGAUUAUAGGCAACCUCACUGUAGAUGCUCUAAUUGUAUUCAAAAAAUUUCUUUAUUAAUUGACUUUCAAAAAUAUUUAUAUAAGUCAAACAUUGCUCGCUUAGCUCGAGUUUGACUAAAAAGUUUGGGCUCGAGCUCGGGUUCGAACCGACCUUUAAUUUCAAGUUCGAAAUUCGGCUCGUAAAGGCUCGAGUUCGGUUCGAAGGCUCGAAUCAAGUCACCAAAUAUUGACAAAUCUCGAAAUAUGACCGGUCUGGUUCGAUUAAAUAUAAAAAAAUAUAAAUAAAAAAUAAAUAUUUUUAUAAAA